UGUCAGCGUUAUUCGUCGGAAGUGACACAAACCGUGUAAAGCUGAUGUUCUGUUGAAGACGUUUGCCCCGCAGACUCAGAGAUGCAGCAGGGACGUCAGCGCUUGCGGCCGUGGCUGGAAGAUCAGAUCCAAUCGGGCAGAUAUCCUGGAGUCGUCUGGAUAGAUGAGUCUGCUCGAGUUUUCCAGAUUCCCUGGAAGCAUGCAGCUCGACACGGCUGGAAUAUUGAGACAGAUGCCACUCUCUUCAGAAACUGGGCCAUCCACACAGGGAGAUACAAGCCCGGCACAGACAAACCUGAUCCCAAGACGUGGAAGGCAAACUUCCGCUGUGCUCUCAAUUCCCUGCCGGACGUCAAAGAGCUGCCAGAAAAAAGCAUCAAGAAAGGACACAACGCUUUCAGAGUAUACACUCUCCUGCCGCACAGCACAGCACUCAAGAGACGGAGAGCAUCGAGGAGCCUGGAUACAGACGCCAAAUCCCAACCACCUCCACGAAACCCAACGCUGGAAAGAUUUACAGAGGCCUUCUGGAAGUUUGCAGAUGACGGUGGAAACUCCACAGCAGAGCUCUUCAGAAGAGAGGAUUUCUCUAGACGUGUCGAGACAUCCGUCUACCGCACCACAUCUCCGGGACUGCAGCAGAACGCUCUGGAUGACGCCGAACAAACACAAGCUGUGCUGAAGAUCGUGGAUCAUCUGAAGAAUCUGGAGCACUGGAGUCCUUUAUAUGAGAGCGACAGAAACUGGAGAACAAACUCGACAUGGAUGGAGUCUCUCUGCGAUACGAUGGAUUUUUCAGGCCCCUCCUAUCAGACAGACUGUAGACUUCUGAAGAACUCGUCAGAUCGAUGAGACUAAAGAUGAGAGAGAGCAGAUUGAGCGACUAUCGUGUUUUUGUUUGUAAAGGACAUGAAUAAAC